CAGGUUUUGCAGGGCGCACGACCUUGAUUAAAUGAUUGGAAAACGUCCACGCUCUUUCUCACUGUCGCUGCAACCUCCGCCUAUCGCAUCGAAGGAAUUUAAAUUCUCCGCCCCUCACUCUCCUGCCUCAUCUGGAGCGGCCACCUCGAUCGCACGCCAGAAGCUCGCAAAGGCCUUGGACUUGAUAUCUGGAGGGGAGGCUAAGGAUACAGAAAGUGUUACGCAGUUAUUGCGCGACUGUAUUCACCGUGCCCGAAUCUAUUUUGAUGACGAAAGUAAGACUGUAAUUUCCACGGCAAGUACUGUUUUGGCCCGCCUGCACGAGAUUCAACACAACGACCAGCGACGUUCCUCUCGAAAGCUUUAUGAAUCUGCGGUGCAUGCAGACCAGGGCAACCUGGAUGCCGCUUACGAGCUGGCUUGUAUUCUCAAGCUGGACGCUGUAGGAAAGGAGGAUUUAAUGUAUGUUGAGGAGCUUUUGCGACUGGCUAGUGGCGUAGAUGAGAAGUGGGUGGGGGGAAGAACAGAGGAGGACCAGCGGAGAGGAAGGGCAAGCGACAAUGAAGGACGAAGGGUCAGACAUGAGAGCGAACGGGAUACCGACAUGGAUGAGGGGGAGGCGCGAAAGGAAAGAGUAGAUGCGAGGAGAGAAGGCACAAUGUUUCCUGAAAGCCGCGAGGCCUUCGAAGAAGAAAGAGAGGGACUUGAAGCGAGCAACAUUUGGGGUUAUGACUCAGGAGGCGCCGUCGAAGCGUCCGAUCAAGAGAGCCAGCCUUGCCAGCGGAAGGCCAAAGAGGCCCUUGCGCUCUUAUGGAUGCAAACCGGGACUCGAAGUCACAGAGCCAACCACGUCUUGCGGCAGCUCGGCUUCACCCACCGCUUGGCCUCCCGCGUCCUGGCCUACCCUCCCUCUCAAUCGCUAGAGGCCUCAGAUCCCGCCCCCCUCUCUCCUUCCGCUGGCAGCUUUCUCCGCGUAUACGACCAUGUACUGCCUCCCGCUGCCUUGCUAGCAAUGCAGCGACUCUUCGGCCCACGCGCCCCUUUCUGGGAGGAGCACGGCUACUUUCGGCGCGACAGAGGGUACUUUUCCUACCUCCUCCCCUUGUCCUUGAAGAGUGUGGGCGACCCGACGUCAUCCUCAUCGUCCUCCCCUCUGCCCCCGAGUAUGGCGGUCGAGGCCGUGGUCCGCGAUCAUCUGCUCCCUCUCGCGCGUGAGGCUUUCCCGCAUCUCUUUUCAUCGCCUGCCUGCUCUGCUCUGUCCUCUUGUUCCUCCGAUUUGUCCCUGACAGCAGAAUGGUGGGCGCACUGCCGGCGUCACGCAGAAGGCCACCAGCUUCAUUUUGAUUCUCUGGAUGAGGGAAAGGGCUUCGUGCGGCAUCCUCUGGUCUCUUGCGUGUUGUACCUCGCGGAAGCGGACGGGGUGGGGG